ACAAUCGCCCAGGGGACAGGGGUCCCCCAUGGUUCUCACCUGGUCUCACCAGUACAGCUGUGCUGGGAAGGAGUUAACACCGGCGCAGGAUCCCACCCUGGCCCCGCUCCCUUCCUGUGCAGCAGCCUGGCCCCUCCUGGCUUUUCCUCCUUUCCAGACAUUGUGACGGGUCUGUGUGCAAGCAAGGGGUAGGGGCUCAGCUGGGCUGCAGGGUCUCCAGAUGCUGGGAAGUGCAGCAUCCCAGUGCAUGGGGGACAUGGGCACCCUGCCGUGGAGGGUCCCACUCGGCUCCAGGACCAGGUGGCAGCAGGCCGUGCCCAGAAGCAUCCAGUAUCUCCAGGCAGGCAUCAUGGAGGCAUCUGGCAGGACCCCCACCAGCCCAACCCACAGAGUCCAGAAUGUCAUCCAGAACAGCCCUCUGGACCUGAUUGACACGGGCAAGGGGCUAAAAGUGCAGACGGAGAAGCCACAUUUGGUGAGCCUGGGCAGCGGCCGACUCAGCACUGCCAUCACGCUCCUGCCCCUGGAGGAAGGAAAGACCACCAUCGGCACGGCCAUGACAGACAUUGUCCUGCAAGGCCCUGGGCUGGUGCCUCAGCACUGCUACAUUGAGAACGUGCAGGGGACGCUCACCCUGCACCCCUGUGGCAACACCUGCGCCAUCGAUGGUGUGACUGUCCGGCGGCCCACGCGCCUCACCCAAGGGUGCACCAUCUGCCUGGGCCAGGCCACCUUCCUCCGCUUCAACCACCCUGCUGAGGCCAAGUGGAUGAAGAGCAUGAUACCGGCAGGAGGCAGGAGCCCAGCGGCUUUCUAUGGGCUGCCAGCAAAGCCCGAGGCCCUAGUGAACGGUGGCCACCAGCCAUCAGAGCGUGGGUGUCCUAGCCAUAGCUCCCUUGUCAGCUCAAUUGAGAAGGACCUGCAGGACAUCAUGGACUCACUGGUGCUGGAGGAGCCGGCAUCUCCUGGCAUCCAGAAGCCUCCGGCCUGUGGCCGGUCCCCUCUCUCCCCUGUGGUGAAUGGGGGUGGACGCUGCCUCCUGUCCCCCCUACCCAGCCCCGGGGCUGCCUCGGGAGGCUCCAGCUACGAGAACUUCUCUCCACUCUCCUCCCCGGCCAGCAGCAGCAGCUACACCAGCCCCUCGCUGAGCAGCCAGGAGCAGGGGCCACCUGUGCCCCCCCUUGUCCCACUCCGCUCCUCCAGCUACAACCACACUGUGCAGCCACCCACCCUGCCCAGUGGGAGUCCUAGUGAGCCUUGGCCGGUUGAGAGGCUCGGCGACCAUAGGGCAGGCAGCCCCCGGCUGACACCCAGGGUGGCACCGCGGCCACGGGCGGCCCUACAGGAGCGGCCCCCGAGCCCCUUCCGUGAGCCACGGGACUCCCUGGUGCCCAGCCGACAGGCUGCCAGCAGGGCAGUCCCAGAGGCCCGACUGCAGCCCCCGGAGAGCCCGCGGGUGGCCCGGAGGAACAUGGAGAGCAUGCGGGAGUUGCCCCCCCUGAGCCCCUCCUUGUCACGCCGGGCUGCCAGUCCCCGGGCAGCUCCUGACACCCCCUCCCCACAGCCCCGGCUGGGCAGGGAGGUGCCUGGCAGUCCCCGUGCAAGGCGCAAGGGCUCGGAAGAGUCGAGAGGUGCUGGAAGCCCCUCGCCCCCACUGCUGGCAGAGACCUCCACACGCCGCCCCAGCUUUGGCACUUGCCUGAGCCCAACAUAUGGGCUGAGCUCACCGGCCAUGCCCUCGCCCCAUCAGAGCCCCCGUGCCCCCAGGAAGCCUUUGGGGGACCCACGGCUGCCAGCGGGGCCACGAGAGCGCAAGAACAGCAUCACCGAGAUCAGCGACAAUGAGGAUGAGCUGCUGGAGUACCACCGGCGGCAGCGGCAGGAGCGGGUUCGGGAGCAGGAGAUGGAGCGCCUGGAGCGGCAGCGCCUGGAGACCAUCCUGAACCUCUGUGCUGAGUACACCAAGACGGACAGCACUGAGCCGAGUGACGUGCCCCGGCUCCUGGCUGGUGAUGCGGAUCCUGGCCGGCGGGUGCCCAGGGGUGCUGUGGCUCUGGGCCGUGCGGCCGAGGAGCUACGGCAGAGGGAGAGCCUGGAGAAAUCAGAUGAGGAGAACUUGAAGGAGGAGUGCAGUAGCACCGAGAGCACCCACCAUGAGCACGAGGAGUUGACAGGCCCCCGGGCCAAAGAGGCGCAGCGCCUGGAGGAGGAGCGUGCCAGCGUCCUCGGCCACCUGGACCAGCUGAAGGGCCGUGUCAAGGAGCUGGAGCAGCAGCUGCAGGAGACAUCACGAGAGGCAGAGAUGGAGCGGGCGCUGCUGCAGGGUGAGCGGGAGUCAGAGGCGGCGCGGCUGCGGCAGGAGCAGGAAGCAGUGCAGCAGCUACAGGAGAAGCUCUCCAGCCUGGAUGCCAGCAUCCGCAAGGAGUGGGACAAGGAAAGGGCAAAGAUUGAUGCUGAAAGGAAGGAGCUAGAGCAACUCCGGGUGCUUUACCAUGAGUCGAAGAGCCACCUUGAUAAGUGCCCCGAGUCAAUGCGGGAACAGUUGCGGGAGCAGAUGCGAAGGGAGGCAGAGGCACUGGAGACAGAGGCCAAGCUGUUUGAGGACCUGGAGUUCCAGCAGCUGGAGCGUGAGAGCCGCCUCGAAGAGGAGCGUGAGGCACGAGGCAAGCAGCUCCUGCAGAGCCGGGCCGAGUGCAACCGCAGCAUCGCCCGCAGGAAGGAGCGGGUGGCUGCCCUGGAUGCCCAAGCUGCCCAGAUUCGGCUGCAGAGUGCCCAGGAGGCCGAGCGCCUGACCAGGGAGCGGAGUGGUGUCCUGCAGCUCCUGCAGAAGGAGAAUGAGAAGCUCAUGUCUCUGGAGAGGCGAUACCAGCUCGUCACAGGUGGAAGGAGCUUCCCCAAAAUGUCCUCGGCUCUCAGAGAAGAGUACAUGAGGCUGUCUGACGUUUUCAGGUUCUGCAGCAAUACUCACGGCCCCAGCCUGGACACUAAAGCUUCUGCUGCUGCCCCUGCUGCUGCUCAGCGCUCUUUCUUGCUUGCUGUACCUCCAGCAGCCGACGAGUACGUGACCGUUGAGCAACUCUCAGGCAUCUUGGGCAGCCUCCACACCCCUGCUGCUUCCCUGCUGGGCUGCAUCCCUCCGGCCCCUUCAUCCUCAGCCUGCGCUCCUCCUCCUCUUUCAUCUCUCUCUUCUCCCUUCAUCUCUGCAGAGAUGGAGCAGCAGCUGCCAGGAGGCCCCGUGUGCCUCCCGGCUCUUGAUUUAGAGAAAUGGUACCAGGAGGUCAUGGCUGGCUUUGAGACCUCCUCUUGCCCUGUCUCUCCUCCUUCUUCCCCUCCUCCACUUCCAGCUAAAGCUCACUCCUCUCACAAGGCUCUCCAGGUCUAUCGUGCAAAAACAGAGGGUGACGCUGGUGUCCCCACCCCUCGGAUGAAGAGUGGGACCCCCUCGUCUUCGCAGCUCAACCUCUCUGUGCUGGGGCGCAGCCCCUCGCCCAAGCUGAUCCCCUGCUGUCCUGCCCAGGGCCCCCCAAGCCCAGCGGGCAGCCUGCCCCGCAACCUGGCGGCCACGCUGCAGGACAUCGAGACCAAGCGCCAGUUGGCCCUGCAGCAGAAGGCCAAGCUGCUCCCAGCAGAGCCCUUGCAGCCAGGUGAUCUACCAGGUCAGCAGGUGAUCGAGGAGCAGAAGCGGCGUCUUGCGGAGCUGAAGCAGAAAGCGGCUGCCGAGGCACAGUCCCAGUGGGAAGCCCUGCAUGGGCAGCCCCCCUUCCCCGCUGCCUUCCCCCGGCUCGUGCAUCACUCCAUCCUCCACCACCACCGUCCCCAUGGCGCUGGGCCCCGGGCCGAGGAGCUGGACCAUGCAUAUGACACCCUUAGCCUGGAGAGCUCAGACAGCAUGGAGACCAGCAUCUCCACCGGCAACAACUCUGCCUGCUCACCUGACAACAUCUCCAGUGCCAGCGGGAUGGAGACAGGGAAGAUUGAGGAGAUGGAGAAGAUGCUGAAGGAGGCACAUGCUGAGAAGUCACGGCUGAUGGAGUCCCGGGAGCGGGAGAUGGAGCUGCGCCGGCAGGCGCUGGAGGACGAGCGCCGGCGCCGGGAGCAGCUGGAACGCCGGCUGCAGGAUGAGACCGCACGGCGGCAGAAGCUGGUGGAGAAGGAGGUCAAGCUGCGGGAGAAGCACUUCUCACAGGCUCGUCCCCUGACGCGGUACCUCCCCAUCCGCAAGGAGGACUUCAACCUGCGGCUGCACAUUGAGUCCUCGGGCCACAGCGUGGACACCUGCUACCACGUCAUCCUGACUGAGAAGAUGUGCAAGGGCUACCUGGUCAAGAUGGGGGGCAAGAUCAAGUCUUGGAAGAAGCGCUGGUUUGUCUUUGACCGCAUGAAGCGCACCCUCUCCUACUACAUGGAUAAACAUGAGACAAAGUUGAAGGGUGUCAUCUACUUCCAAGCCAUUGAAGAGGUUUACUAUGACCACCUCCGCAGUGCUGCAAAGAGCCCCAACCCUGCACUCACCUUCUGUGUCAAGACCCAUGACCGUCUCUACUACAUGGUGGCACCCUCGGCCGAAGCCAUGCGCAUCUGGAUGGACGUCAUUGUCACCGGGGCAGAGGGUUACACCCAGUUCAUGAACUGAGGGGUGGUGCUGUGCACCCUAGAUCCACCACUUGGACAGACUCCUGAGGAUCCCAAGCAGUGAGGAGCUUCUGCGGGAGCCACAGUCCCUGCUGCACCCUGUGCCAAGGGCUGUGCACACCAUAGCAGUGGAGCUACACUGGGCCCAUGCUGGGUGGCACUGAGCAUGGCCUGCUCAGCCAAGGGAAUAAGAUUUUUUAUGUUGACUUUUUAAAAACAAAAUUUAUUUGAAAAAGUGCUGAAAUGUAAGAAGCUGCCAAAGAGCUGCCAGGGCCUGAGCUUUCUGCCUUGGGGAGGUGCUGGAUUUGAGGCCGACACUUAACCACACUCAACACUGUUGCCACAGUGUUCCAGGGAGGGAUGGUGAGGCCCCAGCUGGACAGGACCCCCCGCUGUGGUAGACCCAGACCCCUCUUUGUAAACCUUUUGUAACUCCGAAUCAGUGUCCUGCCCGUGCCGCGGCCGGACGGGGAUUGUGGGGCUGCCCAGCCAUAAAGCAUUUCAUGAACCAGGCUCA